UCAGACUGCUGCUGCACAAGCAAGCAGUUCCGACCACACAAGCAACAGAGCGCAUCUAUCUGUUCUGAAUAUGUGCGGGCGAAGAAUCUAGCAUAGUUAGUAAUGAAUUGUAUGGAAGUUUUUUGUCUGUUGCUGCUGGUUUGCAGCGCAGCAGUUGGACAAAGCAUCAAAGGCGGAGCCUACAAAGGAGGAAGUUACGAUGUCCUCCCCGCUAGCCCCCUGUUCGCUAAAAUGGAACAACACUCCCAACCGAUGACUUCAUGUUUGCUGCCACAGUUUCCAAAAGGGGGAACGAUGCAGUGCAACGACGCAAACACGGAAUGUACGGCGACCUGCGAUCAUGGCGGAGAGUUUGAACCCGGCGUGACCGCAUUCACCUUGACGUGUGACGCCGUCAACGGCAGAUGGCUUCCAAGGGCUAGAUUUCCUGAUUGUUACGAUACACAGCCGACGUGUCCGGCACUUGAGGCUCCUAAAGGUGCUGUGGUAACCUGUACAGGAGACAACAGGGUCUGCGUUGCAACUUGCAAAGAGGGCAAGGUUCUCCCAGGCGGUGGAGAAUCAAUGACCCUAACUUGUGACACAGCUCUUGGACAGUGGCGGCCAUUCGGAGGAUUUCCGGACUGUAGAGAACUAGCACCCGUGUCCCAAGUACCUCUUGAACCACCGACUGGACCACCUUGUGAGAUGCCUCCAAGCCCUAAAGCAGCAUCUACGAGGUGCAAGAUUCUCGGCAGUACAAUGGAAUGCACGGCUACAUGCAUGAGGGGCUUUCGCUUCCCGGAAGGGGUGGAUGCUGUCACUCUUACGUGUGACGCAGCCAGCCGUGUGUGGGGUCCCACACCCGUGUUCCCAGAUUGUGAAGGAGUUUGCGAACCUGCGUGUCUGAACGGGGGCCAGUGUUACGGUGACAACCGGUGCGUCUGUGCCAGGGGAUUCAGAGGAAACUAUUGCCAGUAUUCUGUAAAGCUGUGCGAUCCGAGGAAGUUCGCAUUUGGCGGUGGAUUCAAAUGCCAACACUCUCCCCUGGUGACGACUUGCAACGUGAGCUGCCCCAGUGGUUUCCAGUUUGAGACGCCGUCUCCUGGUGUCUACAAGUGCACACCCGAAGGAGAUUGGGACACAACGAGCAUACCCAAAUGCGUACCAGGUGGGGAAACAGGUGGGGAAACUGGUGGACAAGUAGUUGGACCGUCCUGUCAAAUGCCCCCAGCCCCUAAAGCAGCAUCGACGAGGUGUAGGACUACUGCUGGUGUCAUGGAAUGCACAGCUACUUGCAUGAAGGGUUUCAGUUUUCCGCAAGGACUGAACGAGGUCACCCUCACGUGCGACGCAUCCACCGGUGUGUGGGGACCCACACCCGCAUUUCCAGAUUGCGAAGGUGUAUGCGAGCCUGCGUGUCUGAACGGCGGGCAAUGUUACGGGGACAACCGGUGCGUCUGUGCCAAGGGAUUCAGAGGGGACUACUGCCAGUAUGCCGUGUCGCUGUGUGAUCUCAGGAAGUUCAACUUCAACGGAGGAUUCAAAUGUAGACACGCUCCUACGGAGUCCGUUUGCAACGUCAGCUGUCCGGAAGGCCUCCACUUCGAAGCGCCAUCUCCGGGGGUCUACCUGUGCAGUCCUGAGGGAGUAUGGAAUGCAGAGAGCAUACCGAAUUGCGUUCCUGAAGUAACCGCACCUCCCUGCGAAGCUCCCCCUAGACCUAAAGAUGCGUCCAUGAGGUGCAGGACUGAGGCAGGGAAAAUGCAUUGUACAGCUACAUGCACAGAAGGCUUACGCUUCCCGCUAGGGCUGAACGAAAUCACCCUCACGUGCGACGCUGCCAGCCGCGUGUGGGGACCAACACCAGUGUUUCCAGACUGCAGAGGUGUGUGCGAACCUGCGUGUUUGAACGGCGGAGAAUGUGACGAGAACAGCCGGUGUGUCUGUGCCAGGGGAUUCAGAGGAGAGUACUGCCAGUACUCUGUUUCGCUCUGUGACCCGAGGAAGUUCCAGUUUGGCGGUGCGUUCCAAUGCCAACAUUCUGCCGCUGGGACCGUUUGCCACAUGAGCUGCUAUGAGGGUUUUCACUUUGAGACGCCGCCCCUAGACGCCUACCAGUGCAGCGCCGAAGGAGUAUGGAAUAGCGAGAGUGUGCCCGCAUGCGUUCCUGAUGGACCUCCCUGCGAAGCUCCCCCGAGCCCCAAAGGUGCGUCCACAAGGUGCAAGACCGACGGUGGUAGAAUGGAAUGUACAGCAACAUGCGCGGAAGGUUUCCGCUUCCCCCAAGGGCUGAAUGAAGUCACCCUUACGUGCGACGCUGCCAGCCACGUGUGGGGACCCACACCAGUGUUUCCAGACUGCGAAGGUGUAUGCGAGCCAGGGUGUUUGAACGGUGGAGAGUGUUACGGCAACAACCGAUGCGUCUGUCCCAAAGAUUUCAGAGGGGACCGCUGCGAGUACCCGACGACGCUGUGCGACCCUAAAAACUUCGAAUUCGGCGGCGCCUUCCACUGUCAACACUCUCCCUUGGAGACUGUCUGCAACGUGAGCUGCCCACAGGGUUUUCACUUCGAGACACCGUCUCCGGCCGUCUACCAAUGCACCUUCGAAGGAGUGUGGAGCCCACCAAGGAUACCCAAAUGCGUUCCCGAUAGCGGAGGUGGCGGUUUCGAAACUGGGGAUCAAAUCAAGGAACCUGACACCACGGAGGAGCCCUUUCCAUCAGGUAAAAACCCGUGCCAAAUACCUCCGAGUCCGAAAUCAGCGUCGACAAACUGCAAGACCGUCGACGGCAAAAUGGAAUGUACAGCAAGAUGUGCGAAAGGAUUCCGUUUCGCGAAUGGCGAGGGAGCUCUCACCCUCACCUGUGAUGCCGCUUCUCGGACCUGGGGACCCGUACCGGCAUUUCCUGACUGUGAAGGUGUUUGCGAUCCUAAGUGCUUGAACGGUGGGAGGUGUUUCGGCGACAACCGAUGCGUCUGCACCCAAAAGUUCAGGGGAGACCAUUGCCAACAUCACGUGUCCUUGUGCGAUUCGCCCAACAUGGAGUUCGGCGGUUCUCUGGCAUGCAAGCACUCUCAUUUCGAAACCACCUGCAACGUGAGCUGCCCAGAAGGCACUCGCUUUGAGACGCCCGCUCCAGACGUCUACCGCUGCUCCCUCGAAGGGGUGUGGAAUCCGCCGAGAAUACCGAAAUGCAUUAAGGACGAAGGGGAACAAGGCGACGAAGGCCACAAAGGAGACUUGGUUCCCCCCACGAUCUCACCAGUGCCAUCAGACCUCAUUCCAGCUUCCGGAGUAUGUUCCCUCUGGGGCAAGUUCCACAUGAAGACAUUUGACGGUACGAUCUACCGUUACCCCAGCGCAUGCAGCUAUACAUUAGUGAAAGACUGCGGAGAAGGAUCGACCUAUUCCGUGAAAGCGCUCUACGGUAGCGGAUGUCCCUCUUCCCCGAACUGCACAAGGACCGUAGAGGUCGUCGUGGCCGGCAGAACGUUGCAUCUGCCCCUGGGUAAAGCUCUGCCAACGGACCUGGCACCCGCCGUGCGAAAUAUUCCCGGUGUCACCAUGCAGCCAGCUGGAAAAUACACCGUGUUCAAGAGCAACAUAGGGAUCACGAUUUGGGUGGACAGCGAAUCGGUGCAAAUAAAAUUGAGCGAGGCGCUGCAGUCUUCCGCUUGCGGCAUGUGCGGAAACUUCGACGGAGAUGCGACCAACGAUCUCACCGCAUUGGGUCGAAAGGUGAACUUGAGGAAUUUUGCGGCUCACUGGAUGCAGGAGCGAGACUGCAUCGACAAAGACUUUGUCGAAGACGCUUGUAGCCUUCGGAAUGGCGUCGACGAAGAGGCGAGCAGCUCUGCCUUCGACCGCUGCUCAAUUAUAUUUCACGACCUGUACGAAAAGUGCCACCAGGUGGUCCCUCCGAAGAGGUUCUUCAAUGCUUGCAAGCAAGACUGCUGCGAUCAGGGGUCAGUGCAAGAAUGCCAAUGUGCCUCAAUCGACGAAUACUUCCGGGAAUGUCAGCGAAUGGGAGUCAGUCUGGAACGCACCUGGAGGAAACGCUCCGUUUGUCCCCAUAGAUGUGAGAACGGUACCGAGUACCAAGAAUGCGGUCCAGCCUGCCGUCCAACCUGCGCCAACCGUGAGCCGGCCUGUCCGCUGAAGGAAUGCGCAGCCGGAUGUCACUGCCCGCAAGGAAAGCUGUGGCAGAACAACCACUGUGUCGCCCCUGAGCACUGCAACUGCGUCUACAGGGGACGAGAGUACAACGUGGGAGAGGAGGUCACUCAAGAUUGCAAUACUUGCGUAUGCAUGGACGGAACGUGGGCCUGUUCCACAGAGAUCUGUGAUGCAACUUGCGCUGUACUUCCCAUGGGCGCGUACCACACCUUCGACGGACACACGUUCCACGCAGACGAAACGUGCACCUUCGUCCUCGUGUCGACGGAUGAGUAUGAAGUCCUCCAGGACAGGUCCAACUGCUACGCCGAUGGUUCCACAUGCGUCGGCGACAUCUUCGUGCGCAUCAGGAACGGCGCCAUUGAAGUGAAGGUCAACCAAGAACUUCAGGUCCUGGUUAACAAACGUGAAGUGACAAACCUACCAGCAGUGGUGAAUAUAGCGCACAUCAGUAAGCCAAUCCAAGCCGCAGUCGAGAUAACUCUUCCUGGCCUUACGAUCAUAACUGAUGGACGUACAAGGGUGGAAUUGGUCGCCACCGCUUUGCUCUUCACCAGGACGAUGGGUCUCUGCGGGACAUUUAACCACAACUCUUACGACGACUACACGACGGAAACUGGAGAGGUGGACCAGGAGGUGUCGUCCUUCACUCAAUCAUGGAAUCGAGGCAUUUGUGGUCGUAUCAAGCCCCAAGCCUUAGAGUGCGUGCAAGAAGGAUCAGAGUGGGAGGGAAAGAAGAGGACGUGUGAUGCACUCUACAGGCAUCCUUUCACAGAAUGCCACGAUGACGUAAACCCGGACAUAUACCACAAGCUCUGUAUGGAGGUGGCGUGUAGCUGCUCGACGGUGUCCGAACAGUGUCUGUGUCCUACGCUCGCUCACUACGCAUUCCUGUGCUCCCAGCGCGGACGCCUUGUCAACUGGAGACCGGAAGUCCACCAAUGCCCGGUGCGCUGUGGCGAGGGAUUGACGUACCAGACAUGCCCUCCACGGUGCUUGACGUCGUGCGAUAGCAUCUCGAAGAACGUGAGCUGCACCGAACGCUGCCUGGAGGGUUGUGCGUGCCCCGUGGGUUUCACAUUGAACAAAUUCGGUCGGUGCGUGUCUCCCGAGGAAUGUGGAUGCCUUCGUAAUGGCAGAGAAUACCCCGCUGGUUCAAAGGAGAAGAUCGGACGCGAAGACUGUGAGUGCCGUGCAGGCAAAUGGUACUGCACACAGCCAACGGGCGACUUAGUCGUCACCACCACACCCCCGCCAACGUGCCAAGCGAACGAAGAAUACACGGACUGCAUCCACACUUGCCCGUUGACUUGCGACAACUACGGCAGACCGGACACUGGAGACACCUGCGAGGUUGGAAUGUGCAAGAGCGGCUGCACGUGCAAAAAAGGUUUCGUACGAGACGAUGUUUCGGGAAAAUGCAUCUCUCCUCAGCUCUGCCCGUGCUCCUAUGGCGGAAAAACGUAUCAAGCGGGAGACAUCGCCCCCAUCCGAUGUGACCAAUGCACUGCGAGUACGGAUCGUUCAACUGUCCCGGAACGCCCUGCUCGGCCACAUGCUCCGUGUGGGGAGAUUCUCACGUCAAGACUUUCGACGAGGUCACCUACGACUUCGAGGGCGUCUGCCGACUACACCCUGGUUCGCGGACAUUCGGCUGACGCGGAACUCCUUCGCGGUCAUUCUUCAGAAUGUGCAAUGCGGGACAGCCGUGUCGUGCGCCAAGACAGUCACCAUUACGUUCGGACGCAAAAGGUGUCCGCGAGUUCUGUACCACGUUCCCAGUACCCAGCUUAUUUCAACAGGGUACAAGGUCUAUGCGGCAACUUCAAUGUCGACGGCAAGGGACGAGUUCCAAGUCCUGCAGAGGGCCCCGUUCUGCCCAGCGUGGCUGAAUUCGUUUCAUCCUGGCAACUGUACGACUACUGCGAGCCAGCCAAGCCUACUCCCGAAAUCUGCAAGCCCGAACGGCAACAAUGGGCAGUUAAGAAGUGUCGUGUCCUCUAUGAGGAUGUCUUCGAACCCUGUCACAGCGUGGCCGAUGUUGUGCCGUACUACGAGAGCUGUACAAUGCGAGAAGUGCGUCGAGUAUACCGCUUGCGUCGCCACUGCCCGCAGCCGUCGUGCGACAACCUUACUCCCGAACCGUGUCCCGAACCAGACAUGUGUCUGGAAGAGCUGCCAACGCGCACGCUGCCCAGCCGGUCAGGUCUACAGGAACGCGACGGACCACACUUGCAUUCCAUAACAGACUGCGAAGAAAUCAAACCAGAGUACUGCGUCGUCGUCGGCGACAAAGUUUACAGCGAUGGGCAGCGGAUGCCAAGUCCGGAUCCUUCUUCUGCCAUGGUGGUCAAAAGAACUGCUUGGAGUACCCUGCGGGGGAGCAAAAGAAUGCAUAGUCAACGGCUGGACAGAGUGGUCAGCACGUUCAACCCAGUAGACACGUUUGGCGACGAGCGCGAACCAAUCCAAGCUCUGGCAAAGUUCUGUCCGUUGCGCAACGUGGAGGCAGUCGAGUGCAGGACAGUGCAAGGAAAGAUUCCCUCCUUCGAGGCAAGAGACGACGUCAGAUGCGACCGAUACACAGGACUGACAUGUCUCAAGCCCCCGUGCCAAGAUUUCGAGAUUAGGGCACGCUGCGUCUGCGGUGAGUAG